CCCAACAUACUUAGUUCACGGAAACAGAAGUUUUACACUCUAGUAGCACGCAGACAAGACAGAAGGAAGAAUACGAAGAAGAAUCAACACUGACACUGCAGAAUAAGAGAGGCGGUGCAAUUUUUUUAGCAGCCAAACGCCGCCGUCAGCCACCAGUAGCCAUGAAGGUGCGUUCAUCUGUGAAGAAGAUGUGUGAGUUUUGUAAGACUGUGAAGCGUCGUGGGCGUGUUUUUGUGAUUUGCACGGCCAAUCCCAAGCAUAAGCAAAGACAGGGCAUGUCGACAUUGGCGUAUGAAGGCACGGUGUCCUCCGUGUUUGCGGAGACUAGUUCCAAGCUGGAGAACAACUCUGGUCGCACCUUGCAGGCAGGUUUGGCCUCUCUGAUACCCAAAAAGCCAGAACCCUUUAUGCCCUCUAUGCCCACUACGAUUCUCGGAUGGAGGGUGCGCCUGGCAUCCAUGCUGUCCAGAAACACCAAUUAGCUUCAAAACUUGAAACAGGACGACAGCAAACUUGAUCCAAGUUUUUAGGUUCUUUUCUUUGGUUAUGUCAUACAUAUUCAAAUUGUUAUAAGCUAUUCUAUUUUCUCUUCGAUUUUAUCGUUUAGUCUGAUACUGCAUAAUUUAGUCCGUGUCUCCCUCGCUUUCUGGUAUGUGUAAACUUGCCGUGCAAGAGAUUUUAAUGGCAGCGACCUUCACCUGCUCGAUUUGUAUAAUUCCGGAAUGCGAUGCCUUGAGUUGUAAAGGACGCCUUUUUCGGAAUCAGACGGUAUGAAAGUGAGACAGUUUGGAAUCUGUA